AUGCCACCUAUAAAAUCUACUGACCUCUCAUGGGCGCGCUUUGAGGAAUUUUCAACUGUAGAAGCUAUUUUUCAAGUUGUAAAAGAAACCGUUGAAGUUUCUAGAUUAACGAAAUGGUUUAUAUGCAACUCCACUCCCGAGUUGGAGCCUGCAACAUUUAGCCUCUAUCCACAAAUGUCGCCGAUUGGUCCUUUGCUGGCAAGCAACCGAAUUGGUGACCAAGCAGGCCACUUUUGGAAAGAAGACUCCACCUGUUUAAAAUGGCUCGAUCAACAACCGACAUGUUCAGUCAUUUAUAUAGCAUUUGGGAGCUUCACCAUUUUCAACCAAACACAGUUUGAAGAAUUGGCACUUGGUCUAGAACUUAGCAACAUACCAUUCUUAUGGGUUGUGCGGCCAGGCAUGACAAAGGAGACUACAACUGCUUUCCCAGAUGGGUAUGUGGAAAGAGUAGGCUCUCGUGGAAGAAUUGUGAGUUGGGCACCUCAGCAGAAAGUCUUAACUCAUCCUUCUGUAGCUUGCUUUGUGAGUCAUUGUGGUUGGAAUUCUACUUUAGAGGGUGUUACAAAUGGACUCCCUUUCUUGUGUUGGCCAUACUUUGCUGAUCAGUUUCACAAUGAAACUUACAUUCGUCACAACUGGAAAACUGGACUGGGGUUUAACAAAGGUGAAAGAGGCAUUAUCACACGAGGAGAAAUAAAAAGUAAGGUAGAGCAGCUGCUCGGAGACAUUACAUUCAGAGUGAAGGCCAUGGAUACUAAAGAAAAGCUUAAUAUGCAACCUCCGCAACCUUUCCCUCCUGUCUCGAUUGUCACUCAUUUCUACAAAGGUUGA